UGGGUUUAGAGAAUACAAAUGUGAUGGCAGAAAUUAACAAAAAUACUGUAUAUAAUAUUUUCUGUGUAUAUAUUUAAAUUUCUCCAUUAUGAUGCAACCCGAGGACGCAAGAUAUUUAAAAAGAAAAGUAAAGGGAGGCAGUAUAGAUGUCCACCCGACAGAGAAAGCACUUGUGGUUAACUAUGAACUGGAGGCAACCAUCUUAGGUGAGAUGGGAGAUCCCAUGUUAGGAGAGAGGAAAGAGUGCCAGAAAAUAAUACGAGUGAAAAGUUUGAAUCCCAACAGUGAUCUAUCAGCACUGGCCAAAGAGAUCAUAGACAAAUGUAAGCUGAUACACCCAAGUAAACUACCUGAGGUAGAACAGUUGUUGUAUUACCUACAAAACAGGAAGGAAUCUGCACCAAGCAAAGCAUCUGGGAAGACAGAACUGCACGAGACUCCAGCAGUGCCAAUGUAUGAUGCUACAGAAAUCGAUGAAGUGGCCAACAUUAACGAUCUAGAAGAUUACCUUGAGCUGUUGUAUGAGGAUGUACCAGAGAAAAUCAGAGGUUCAGCAUUACUACUACAGCUGUCCAGAAAUCCAGAUAAUCUAGAGGAACUUUUCCAAAAUGAAACAGUAGUGAGUGCUCUGGCACGUGUCCUACGAGAUGACUGGAAGAAGUCUUCGGAACUUGCCACCAAUAUUAUCUACAUAUUCUUCUGUUUCUCAAGUUUUACACAAUUCCAUGGUGUGAUUCUGCACUUUAAGAUCGGUGCUUUAUGUAUGAACAUUGUUGAGCAUGAGCUGAAGAAGUAUGAUCUCUGGAAGGAGGAGCUGGAGAAAAAGAAAAAAGCUGCUGAAACAGAAAAAGGGAACAAAAAGGCAAAGGAGGAAUAUGAGAAAAGUUCAAAGAAGUUUGAGGGUCUUGUCAGAAAGCAAGAACAGUUACUUCGAGUUGCAUACUAUUUAUUGCUGAAUUUGGCAGAAGACUUAAAAGUUGAAAUGAAGAUGAAGAAUAAAAACUGCAUUAAAAUGUUGGUGAAGUCACUAGAGAGAGAUAACUUUGAGCUGCUUAUACUUGUUGUGUCCUUCCUCAAGAAACUCAGUAUAUUUGUGGAGAACAAAAUAGAAAUGGCUGAGUUGAACAUCAUAGAGAAGUUAACAAAACUGGUACCAUGUGACCAUGAGGACUUGCUCAACAUUACUCUACGCCUAUUGCUCAACCUCUCAUUCGAUACGGAAAUGCGCAGUAAAAUGAUCAAAUUUGGCAUCUUGCCAAAACUUGUUGGCCUACUAAAUAACGAAAACCAUAAGCUGAUAGUGUUAUGUAUAUUGUACCAUAUAUCCAUGGAUGACAAGUCAAAGUCAAUGUUCACAUAUACUGAUUGUAUACCCAUGGUGAUGAAGAUGAUGUUAGAAUCUCCUGAGAAUCCAGACAUAGAGUUACUGGCACUGUGUAUCAACCUGGCCUCUAACAAGAGAACAGCACAGAUCAUCUGUGAGGGGCAGGGCCUCAAAAUGUUGAUGAAACGAGCGUUCAGAUUCAAAGAUUCUCUGCUGAUGAAGAUGAUAAGAAACGUAUCAGAACAUGACGGCCCAACUAAAAAUCUGUUCAUUGACUACAUCAGUGAUCUUGCAGAAGCAGUUCUACACAGUGAUGAUGAAGAGUUUAGCCUGGAAUGCCUCGGAGUACUUGGAAAUCUCACUAUACCAGAUCUUGAUUAUGAACUCAUCUUGAAAGAAUACCAACUAAUUCCAUGGAUCAAAAUGAAACUGCAACCAGGUGCAGCAGAAGAUGAUUGGGUACUACAGGUGAUUAUACUGGUGGGAACAGUCUGUAAUGAUGACAUCAGUGCCAAAAUGUUGGCGGAGUCGGGAAUUAUACAAUGCCUUAUAGAAUUGCUAAAUGCCAAACAAGAGGAUGAUGAGAUGGUAUGUCAGAUUGUGUAUGUGUUCUACCAGAUGAUAUUCCACGAGUCUACACGAGAAGUUAUAAUCAAAGAAACUCAAGCACCAGCUUACCUGAUAGAUCUGAUGCAUGAUAAAAAUGCUGAGAUUAGAAAAGUCUGUGAUAAUACAUUAGAUAUCAUUGCGGAAUUUGAUGAAGAAUGGGCAAAGAAGAUACAGUUAGAAAAAUUCCGAUGGCAUAACUCUCAAUGGCUGGAGAUGGUAGAGUCAAGACAGAUUGAUGAGAUGGCAGAUCCCUACAUGUACCCAGAGGAAGGUUAUGAUGCCUACCUACAAGAUGCAGAUAUACUAGACCGACCGGAUCUCUUCUAUCCUGAUGGGUAUGAUCCCUCCCUUGUGAUGGAUGGACAUCUAACACCGGAAUAUAUAGAUGAAAAUGGCAUGUACGGGUACGGGAACGAAUAUGAACCAUUUGCAAGACCAGAUUCCAAUAUGGGUUUUGUAAAUGGUAAUGCUUUAGAUUAUGACCAAGUGGAUGAGUAUGGUCAACCAGUUGAUGAAUAUGGUCGUCCAUUGAUGCUGGACGAAUAUGAGCACUACCCACAAAAUUACGGUUAUGGAAGUCAACAUGGUCAAUUAGUGGAAGAUGAUAGAUAUGACAAUGGAUACGACUACGGUUAUCGAUAGCCAGUACUUGUAUUAUUGUCUCUGUUUAUGUGUAAUAAUUUAUUUAUUAUAUUUAUAUUGGAGGUUAAGAAUGCCAAAUGAACUUCUUGGUAGGAAUAAUAAUAAGAUAGUCAGGUUAGCUUACGUCUUCAAUACAAUAGCAGUGUGUGUAAGGAAACGAUUUUGAUUAAAAUAUCUUUGCUGUCUUGGCAUAGCUAAGGAGAGAUAUCAAUGUAAUUUGUUACACAGGGACUACAGAUAAAUCCAGGUAUUUUGAAAGAUACAGAUGUUUUAAUAACAGCAAUUUGUUUCCAUUGGUUUUUGACAAACUAAAAGAUAUGAUAUGUUGAUCUAAUGAUAUGUUUUUCUGUCGUUAUUGAAAUAUUAGAUUGAAAUAUAUUUGGUAUUUUCACAGCGUAGAAUAUUUUUCACUGGGCUUGGAACUACACUUGAAUACAGAAGAAUAUAAAUAAUCUGGAAUUCUCAUAAAAUGUCAUACAGUAAAGUUACUACUGCACAAACAUAGAAAUGUUUGUGCCAUCAUAUUAAAAUGUAAAAGAAAUUCAUAAAUCACAUGGAACUAUUUUCAUUUUCAUUUUUUAGCUUGACUAUACGAAGUAUAUGGAAAGCUAUCCCACUUGUUGGCAUCGGCGUCUUUCCGCCACCUUGGUUAAAGUUUUUUUUACACUUUCUCUUUUUUCUCCUUAUCUCUAUAAUUACUUGAUGGAUUUGUUUCAAACUUCAAAAGUUAUUCCUCAUCAUCACCCAUAUCAUAUGGCACAAGGGCCAUAACUCUCACACCAAUAUUUCAUGAAUUAUCCCCCCUUUUAGGUGAGUUAUUGUGAGCGCUCGAUGUCUGGCGUCUGUCUGUCGUCUGUCAACAUUUAGUUUAUGUAUGCGAUAGAGGCUGUAUUUUCAACUGAUCUUCAUGAAAUUUGGUCAGAAUGAUUAUCUUGAUGAAAUCUAGGCCAAGUUCGAAAAUGGGUCAUCUUGGGUCAAAAACUAGGUCACUAGGUCAAAUCAAAGAAAAACCUUGUGUAAGCGAUAGAGGCUGUAUUUUUCAAUUGAUCUUCAUGAAAUUUGGUCAGAAUGAUUGCCUUGAUGAAAUCUAGGUCGAAUUCAAAUAUGGAUCAUCUGGUAUCAAAAACUAGGUCACUAGGUCAAAUCAAAGAAAAACCUUGUGUAUGUGAUAGAGGCUGUAUUUUUCAAUUGAUCUUCAUGAAGUUUGGUCAGAAUGAUUGCCUUGAUGAAAUCUAGGUCAAGUUUGAUAAUGGGUCAUCUGGGGUCAGAAAGUAGGUCACUAGGUCAAAUCAAAGAAAAACCUUUUGUAUGCGAUAGAGGCUGUAUUUUUCAAUUGAUCUUCAUGAAAUUUGGUUAGAAUAAUUGCCUUAAAGAAAUCUAGGUCAAGAACGAAUAUAGGUCAUCUGGGAUCAAAAAAUAGGUCACUAGGUCAAAUCAAAGAAAAACCUUGUGUAUGCGAUAGAAGCCGUAUUUUUCAAUUGAUUUUCAUAAAAUUGGUCAGAAUGAUUGUUUUGAUGAAAUCUAGGUCAAGUUCAAAUAUGGAUCAUCUGGGGUCAAAAAGUAGGUCACUAGGUCAAGUCAAAGAAAAACCUUGUGUAUGCCAUAGAAGCUGUAUUUUUAGCUCGACUAUUCAAAGAAUAGUCUAGCUAUUCUACUCACCCUGGUGUCGGCGUCGGCGUCACACUUUGGUUAAGUUUUUGCAUGCAAGUACAUACAGCUAUCAUUUAAAGGCAUAUAGCUUUGAAACUUAUUUUUUCUUUUUCUAGGUCAAUUACCAACCUCACUGGGUCAAGUCCCAUAACUCUGACAUGUAUUUUGAGCAAAUUAUGCCCCCUUUUGGACUUAGAAAAUUCUGGUUAAAGUUUUACAUGCAAGUUACUAUCUCCAAAACUAAUGCUUACAUGCAAAUUACUAUCUCCAAAACUAAUGCAGAUAUUGAAUUGAAACUUCACAUGUGUCUUUGGGGUUAUAAAACUAGUUGAUAGCAGCAAGUCCCAUAACUCUGACCUUCAUUUUGGCCAAAUUAUGCCCCCUUUUGGACUUAGAAAAUCCUGGUUAAAGUUUUGCAUGCAAGUACAUACAGCUAUUACUAAAAGGCAUAUAGAUUUGAAACUUAUUUUUUCUUUUUCUAGAUCAAUUACCAACCUCACUGGGUCAAGUCCCAUAACUCUGACAUGUAUUUUGGGCAAAUUAUGCCCCCUUUUGGACUUAGAAAAUUCUGGUUAAAGUUUUACAUGCAAGUUACUAUCUCCAAAACUAAUGCAGAUAUUGAAUUGAAACUUCACAUGUGCCUUCGGGGUUAUAAAACUAGUUGAUAGCAGCAAGUCCCAUAACUCUGACCUUCAUUUUGGUCAAAAUAUGUCCCCUUUUGAUAUUUAACCUUUUUGGGUAAUAUUUUCCUGCUUCUGGGACAAUAUUUCGAAUAGUCGAGCUUGGCUGUCUUAAAAUAGUUGUUCCACAUCAUCACCCACAUCAUAUUACACAAGGUUCAUAACUGUGGCUAAAAUUUUUCAUGAAUUAUGCCCCCUUUUUACUUAGAAUUUCAGGUUAAAGUUUUGGUGCACUUUCGCUCUAUCUCUGUUAUUACUAAAUGGAUUAAUUCUAACUUUAAACAAUGUAUAGAUCCUGUUUUUCUGAUAAGGAACGCCCCCCUUGGAUAUUGUUGCUAUGUCUCACAAGCUUUCUCCAAAAUGGCGGAUACACAUGAUACCGCUAUGACGGAUUCUCUUUUAUAAAGUAUCUAAAUCUCCUACUCAUUACUGUAAAAAGAUCAAAAACUUGUUGGAUCACGCGCUAAAUGAACCAUUUAAUAAUUAUACUUAAGGUUAUAUUAACUCCAUGAAGAAAAGUGAUGAAAUGUAGCUGUUAAAUGUCGGUGCUAAUAAGGUCUUCAUAAAUAUGAAAGUCGUAGAAUUUGAUAAAUUUGUUUAUUUUGGGCCCUCACAAAAUGUUCACAGACUAUUGGUAUAAAGUAUAAUACGAAUAAUAAAAAGAAGUCACGAUACAGUUGCGUCCUUGCAAAGAGGAAUAUGUCUGUAAAUAAAUUAAAGUUGAAUCUGUUGAUUUCACUGAAUAACACCUGCGCGUUGUAAAUUCUAUAUGUUCGUGCAUGGUAUGUUUGCUUUUACGCAACCAAUAUAUUAUGAUUCAAAAUGUCAUUCAUUUGUAUAUUUGCGAAUAAGUACCAGUAUAUCAUUUAAAGGUGAAUUAAAAUCGUUGUAUUUUAUUUGAAUAUGCUGUAUUCUUCUGGAGACUCGACUGAUACUGUUAGCUACAACAUCGUUAUGUGUGGAAAUUCUGCAAUAUUUGUGCAUACCUUCUAAAGGAAUGUCCCGCGGUUUGAAAAAGUUAAACUUUGGCAGUAGGUAUCACAGUUAUUGCCCGCUGCGAGCGACAAAAGGAAGCAGAUCGAUUGUCACAUCUGUGCUAAUCACAAGUAGAGGGUGCCUGUUAUAACUUGUAAUUGAUAAUACAUGUUUAAUUGGAAAGAAAGAGUAACAUAUCAGCAGGUGUGAAGAUUUUUCAAUAUGCGACACAUUUAUUUAUGUCAUUGACUAAAUUAUCUUAUUAUUUGAUCAGUCAAUGCUACAGAUUGACGUAAUUCUUAAAGAUGUACACAACGAUAUUUAUGGACAUCUAAUUGGUUAUUAAAUACAGAAGCCAUACGAUCAUUUAACGCAUGUUUAUUCUAUAUUCAUUGAGAUUUGUAUUUUGAAAACAAGAAAGUUAAGAAAUAUAUGUCUAUACAUCGUUACGGAAUUUUCUGCUCAUUGCAAUAUUAAAACACUCAUGCACUCGCACACAGGCACUCACAGACAUUAUUCCGAAAUAUAUACAUAACAAAUUGGAAAAAUGAUGCAGAAACACCUUCUUCCGAAUAUAUGCUGAUUACCAUGAAAAAAACAAACAUAUUUAUAUCUAUAAAAAUAGAUAAUCCAUGUAUCAGAACAAGAACAUCAACUUAUGUUAGUUAGGCGUUAUUGUUCUAUAGCUCCUUAUGUUACUGGCUACAAUUUUUAUUAAUUUUCUUAUUGUGGUAACGCAACAAACUUCAUUUUCAUAACAGUCUUUCUUCGUUUCAGUUGAUUCACACACCAUCAGCAACCAUAAGGCAAGAAACAUGAAUAACACAUUCAAAAUUACUUCUGAUAUUCUUAAGGAGAAAAACAAAAACAAAAAACCAUUCACUGAAUAUCUAGCAUUUAAAUAAUAAUUCUUACACAAAAUCUGUUGAGUGUGACUGAAACUAAUAAUGAUAAUGCACGACAUUACUUCUGACAUUCUGAGGAGAAAAGUAACAAAAAACUAGUUCACGAAUAUUUAGCAUUAAAAUUCUUAUACAAAACGUGUAGAGUGUGGCCAAAAUUUGGAGAUAGCCAUUCACAUGCAUAUGUUUUACUUGCCUUAAAGAAUUUCGUUUUCUCUAGUGCAACAUCGAAUGAGAAUCCUGUGACACCAGUCUGAGAACUAAUUCAAAAAUAGCUUUACCUUCUUGAAAUGAUACACUGGAUAAAUGAACAUGCUAUAUGGAUUUUCGCAACUAUUUAUUACAUGUGGUCACUUCUUUUCUUAUUUCUAGAUGUCAUAUUUACAUUUUUAGCUCACCUGUCACAAAGUGACAAGGUGAGCUUUUGUGAUCGCGCGGUGUCCGUCGUCCGUCGUCCGUCCGUCCGUGCGUGCGUCCGUCCGUCCGUAAACUUUUGCUUGUGACCACUCUAGAGGUCACAUUUUUCAUGGGAUCUUUAUGAAAAUUGGUCAGAAUGUUCAUCUUGAUGAUAUCUAGGUCAAGUUCGAAACUGGGUCACGUGCCUCCAAAAACUAGGUCAGUAGGUCUAAAAAUAGAAAAACCUUGUGACCUCUCUAGAGGCCAUAAUUUUCAAUGGAUCUUCAUGAAAAUUGGUCAGAAUGUUCAUCUUGAUGAUAUCUAGGUCAAGUUCGAAACUGGGUCACGUGCAGUCAAAAACUAGGUCAGUAGAUCUAAAAAUAGAAAAACCUUGUGACCUCUCUAGAGACCAUAUAUUUCACAAGAUCUUCAUGAAAGUUGGUCAGAACGUUCACCUUGAUGAUAUCUAGGUCAAGUUCGAAACUGGGUCACGUGCCUUCAAAAACUAGGUCAGUAGGUCAAAUAAUAGAAAAACCUUGUGACCUCUCUAAAGGCCAUAUUUUUCAUGGGAUCUGUAUGAAAGUUGGUCUGAAUGUUCAUCUUGAUGAUAUCUAGGUCAAGUUCGAAACUGGGUCACGUGCCGUCAAAAACUAGGUCAGUAGGUCUAAAAAUAGAAAAACCUUGUGACCUUUCUAGAGGCCAUAUAUUUCACAAGAUCUUCAUGAAAAUUGGUCAGAACGUUCACCUUGAUGAUAUCUAGGUCAAGUUCGAAACUGGGUCACGUGCCAUCAAAAACUAGGUCAGUAGGUCAAAUAAUAGAAAAACCUUGUGACCUCUCUAAAGGCCAUAUUUUUCAUGGGAUCUGUGUGAAAGUUGGUCUGAAUGGUCAUCUUGAUGAUAUCUAGGUUAAGUUCGAAACUGGGUCACGUGCGGUCAAAAACUAGGUCAGUAGGUCUAAAAAUAGAAAAACCUUGUGACCUCUCUAGAGGCCAUAUAUUUCAUGAAAUCUUCAUGAAAAUUUGUCAGAAUGUUCACCUUGAUGAUAUCUAAGUCAAGUUCGAAAGUGGGUCACGUGCCAUCAAAAACUAGGUCAGUAGGUCAAAUAAUAGAGAAACCUUAUGACCUAACUAGAGGCCAUAUUUUCCAUGGGAUCUGUAUGAAAGUUGGUCUGAAUGUUCAACUUGAUGAUAUCUAGGUCAAAUUUGAAAGUGGGUCACGUGCCGUCAAAAACUAGGUCAGUAGGUCAAAUAAUAGAAAAACCUUGUGACCUCUCUAAAGGCCAUAUUUUUCAAUGGAUCUUCAUGAAAGUUGGUCUGAAUGUUCAUCUUGAUGAUAUCUAGGUCAAAUUCGAAACAGGGUCAUGUGCGGUCAAAAACUAGGUCAGUAGGUCUAAAAAUAGAAAAACCUUGUGACCUCUCUAGAGGCCAUACUUGUGAAUGAAUAUUCAUAAAAAUUGGUCAGAAUGUUCACCUUGAUGAUAUCUAAGUCAAGUUCGAAAGUGGGUCACGUGCCUUCAAAAAGUAGGUCAGUAGGUCAAAUAAUGAAAAAACAUUGUGACCUCUCUAAAGGCCAUAUUUUUCAUGGGAUCUGUAUGAAAGUUGGUCUGAAUGUUUAUCUUGAUGAUAUCUAGGUCAAGUUUGAAACUGGGUCAACUGCGAUCAAAAACUAGGUCAGUAGGUCUUGAAAUAGAAAAACCUUGUGACCUCUCUAGAGGCCAUACCCUUGAAUGGAUCUUCAUGAAAAUUGGUCAGAAUGUUCACCUUGAUGAUAUCUAGGUCAAGUUUGAAACUGGGUCACGUGCCUUAAAAAACUAGGUCAAUAGGUCAAAUAAUAGAAAAACCUUGUGACCUCUCUAGAGACCAUAUUUUUCAAUGGAUCUUCAUGAAAAUUGGUCAGAAUUUUUAUCUUUAUAAUAUCUAGGUCAAGUUCAAAACUGGGUCACAUGAGCUCAAAAACUAGGUUACUAUGUCAAAUAAUAGAAAAAACGACGUCAUACUCAAAACUGGAUCAUGUGGGAAGAGGUGAGCGAUUCAGGACCAUCAUGGUCCUCUUGUUUAUGUAAAGCAUCUCUUUUUUCACACAUGGUCGUGUCGAGAACGUAAAAGAGUACUGUUUUUAUUUAGGACUUUACAGUCUGUAGGUACUUAGUUACUGUAAGCUUGUGAGACACAAUGGCGCCUUAGCAACAAAGUCUACGGAUCGACGGAUAACGCUGUAUCUUAUUGGCCAAUAUUAUUGGUUUGAUUGACAGAUCGGAUCCAUCCAUUGUUUGACAUCAUCACUUACAUCAUAUGGCACAAGGUCCAUAACUCUUGCAUGAAUUGUUUCAUGAAUUAUGCCCCCCUUUAACAUAAAAUUUAAGGUUAAUUUUGAUGCAUUUUCACUAUAUCUCAGUUACUACUAAAUUGAUUUGAUUCAAACUUAAAAUAGUUGUUCUACAUCAUCACCCACAUCAUAUGACACAAGGUGUAUCACUCUUGCACCAGUAUUUUAUGAAUUAUGCCCCCUUUUUGCUUAGAAUUAUACUUAUUUAAUGUUUUGAUACACUAUCUCUCUUAUCAAUUAAUAUUUUUGACACAGUCUCCAGCUAUUGUCCAAUAUCUUCAUCCACAUUGGAGUCAUUAAACACUCCAGUGACAGCUCCAGCUCUAGUUUCCUCAGAUGUGCCAAGUUUCACUAUCCUGCAUCGAAAUAGUCGAGUUGGCUGUCUUCUGUGACAGCUCUUGUUCUUACAUGAGCACUGUGACAUCAUGCUGUUAUGUUAACCAUAUAUUGUUGCUUGCGACACUACAUGGGUAAAAUAUUGUAAAUACUAUUAAAAAUACCAGAAAUACACAAAACUUCUUUUACAUGUCAGAUCAAAUUAUCUUUCACUCACGAACACCAGAGUUCACAUUUUCAAUUGUGGCUGUGCCAUCUUAUGAAAGUAACACAUCAGUUCUGAAAUUCAUGCGAGGAAAGAUAUUUUGAUUUCACACUGAAACAAAGAAAUAUUCUCCAUCUAUAUUUCUGCUAUAUUGUAUUUAUAGUAUUAUAAGGUGAUAGCAGAAAUGAAGUUAAAGACAUAUCAUUUAUUGUUUAACCUUUAGCAUGCUAGGUAAAUUGUCGUCUGCUGGAAAUGUCCUCUGCUUAAAUUGUAAAGUUCAUUCAAUUUGCUCCAAAAUUGGAAGAAAUAUUGUCAGAGUGGCAAACAGCUUGGAACCUGAUCAGACGCCGAUUUAAUCGGCGUCUGAUCUGGUUCCAAGCUGUUUGCAAAGGCUGUUAAAUCCGCCUGCAGCAGGCUAAGGGUUAAGAUCCCCUUUGUAAUUCAGUUUUCCUCUUUAUUUUCUGGUGUUGACAUAUUCGUAUUCAAAAAGACGUUUCAAAUUUGAAAGUCUAGUAAAAUCACAGCUAGGCAUGAUAUUUUAUUGUCAUGGCAUUUGAAACAUUAUCUGAUACAUGUAUGGAAAUUCUGAUGCCAACUAUAUUUACACAUUGUGAUUUCACUUUACUUUUAAGAAUAUAUUUACAUAUUGUAAUUUUCUGUCAGGCUUCAGUAUUUUUGGUCCAUAUUUCCGCUGUACGGUGCCUGCUCCUUUAUCUCAUUGAACAUAAGAUAGUUAUAUUUCUGAACUGUGGAAGACAUUUAUGUUCUUCUUAAUGAUUGAAGGCAAACAUCUAAGGACAUUCUGUACUUCUCAUGUGGUGAAGUUGUCAACUAUUUGAUGAGAUAUGAAGGUAGGUAAGAAUUCCAGGAACAUUUGGAUUGAUUAAGUGACUGCCAUAUAUAACUGAAAUACUGCUGUAAAAAAUGUGUGAAACCCAAUAAGGCCAUUAUAAAUUAAUUGCAAGUUUAUCAACCAAAUUUUUCUAUAAAAGUGGAAGGGAGGUGUCUGGUUUUUUUAUCUCUGAAGAUACAGCAUGACAAUUUUAAAAGUAAAAAAAAAUUGGUAUUCAACAGAGUUAAAUUAAAUUAAAGGAUGUAAUGGUGUAAUGAAAUAGUUGCAGAAAUAAUUGAAAGACAAACAUCCUUCUUAAGGAUUCUUUAUCAAAAUAUAAUUGCAUGGCUGAAAUGUUCCUACAAAAAAUAAAAAAAAGUGUUGGAGAGGGGUAAAAAUAGGGGGAGGGAUUGGAUUAUAAUGUAGCCGGUAAUUUAUUUUAGGCUAAAACACACAUCUCCCUGUAGAAGCAGAUUUACCUAGAGGGUGUUGAUAGGGUUUUGCAUUAAUUUUUAUUUGCAUUUUUCAAGCAUAAUGUUUUCAUAUUUGAUAUUGAUCUUCUGCGUUUUAAAUACUUUGUGUAUAAAUCACUGCAGAAAUACUAUGGAUAGAAAAUAAACCACUUGUGAAGGAAGAUUGUUUUCAUAUAGUUUGAAAAUGUGAUGUGAUAUUUUUCAAAGAAGUAAAAACUUGAUAACAUAAUCUUUGGGAAAAAAAAAAACAAUUGGUUUAAGUUUGUGAAUUUUUAGCUCACCUGAGCCAAAGGCUCAUGGUGAGCUAUUGUGACCGCUCAAUGUCCGGCGUGCGUCGUCCAUCCGUCAACAUUUCCUAAAAAAAUCUUCUUCUUGAAAACCACUGGGCAGAAUUACACCAAACUUAUUUGAAGAAAUUGUUCAAAGAAUUGAAUUCCAUGGAGAACUCUGGUUGCCAUGGCAACCGAAAGGAAAAACUUUAAAAAUCUUCUUGUCCAAAACCACAGGGCCUGGGGCUUUGAUAUCUGGUGUGUAGCAUCAUCUAGUGGUCCUCUACCAAAAUUGUUCAAAUUAUCCCCCUAGGGUCAAAUAUGGCCCCGCCCCGGGCGUCACAUGGUUUAUAUAGACUUAUAUAGGGAAAACUUUGAAAAUCUUCUUGUACAAAACCACAUGGCCUAGGGCUUUGAUAUUUGAUAUGUAGCAUCAUCUAGUGGUCCUCAACCAAGAUUGUUAAAAUUAUUCCCCUAGGGUCAAAUAUGGCCCCGCCCCGGGGGUCACAUGGUUUCUAUAGACUUAUACAGGGUAAAACUUUGAAAAUCUUCUUGUACAAAACCACAUGGCCUAGGGCUUUGACAUUUGGUAUGUAACAUCAUCUAGUGGUCCUCUACCAAGAUUGUUCAAAUUAUCCCCCUAGGGUCAAAUAUGGCCCCGCCCCGGGGGUCACACGGUUUAUAUAGAGAAAACUUUGAAAAUCUUCUUGUACAAAACCACAUGGCCUAGGGCUUUGAUAUUUGGUAUGUAGCAUCAUCUAGUGGUCCUCUACCAAAAUUGUUUAAAUUAUCCCCCUAGGGUCAAAUAUGGCCCCGCCCCAGGGGUCGCAAGUUUCACAUAGACUUAUAUAGGAAAAAAAGUUUAAAAUUCUUCUUGUGUGAAACCACAACUCUUAGACCUUUGAUAUUUGGUUUGUAGCAUUGUCUUAUGGUCCUCAACCAAAAUUGUUCAAAUUGGGUGAAAAGAGGCCCUGCCCUGGGGGUCCCAAGUUUUAUAUAGACUUAUAUAGGAAAAAGCUUUAAAAAUCUUCUUGUCAGAAACCAUACAACCUAGGCUUUUGGUAUUUGGUAUGAUGCAUUGUCUAGUAGUCCUCUACCAAAAUUGUUCAAAUUAUGCUAAAAGAGGCCCCGCCCUGGGGUCACUUAGUUAUUAUGUGAGUUAUAUAGGAAAAAUACUUAAAAAAUCAUGUGAUUCUAUUUCCAAGACUAUUUGAUUAUAAUUACCUGAAGGCCCCAAGUAAUAUGGUGUCACUUGAUUUGUGACCUUGACCUACUGACCUACUUUCUUGUUUUUUUUGUGAUCACGCAGCGUCCGUUGUGUCCGUCCGUCCGUCCGUAAACUUUUCCUUGUGACAUCUCUAGAGGUCACAUUUUUUGUGGGAUCUUUAUGAAAAUUGGUCAAAAUGUUCAUCUUGAUGAUAUCUAGGUCAGGUUCGAAACUGGGUCACGUGCCUUCAAAAACUAGGUCAGUAGGUCAAAAAAUAGAAAAACCUUGUGACCUCUCUAGAGGCCAUAUAUUUCACAAGAUCUUCAUGAAAAUUGGUCAGAAUGUUCAUCUUGAUGAUAUCUAGGUCAAGUUCGAAACUGGGUCACGUGGGGUUAAAAACUAGGUCAUUAGGUCUAAAAAUAGAAAAACCUUGUGACCUCUCUAGAGGCCAUAUUUCUCAAUGGAUCUUCAUGAAAAUUGGUCAGAAUGUUCAUCUUGAUGAUAUCUAGGUCAAAUUCGAAACUGGGUCACGUGGGGUUAAAAACUAGGUCAGUAGAUCUAAAAAUAGAAAAACCUUGUGACCUCUCUAGAGGGCAUAUUUUUCAUGAGAUCUUCAUGAAUAUUGGUCAGAAUGUUCAUCUUGAUGAUAUCUAUGUCAAGUUUGAAACUGGGUCAUAUGGGGUCAAAAACUAGGUCAGUAUGUCUAAAAAUAGAAAAACCUUGUGACUUCUCUAGAGGCCAUAUUUCUCAAUGGAUCUUCAUGAAAAUUGGUCAGAAUGUUCACCUUGAUGAUAUCUAGAUCAAGUUCGAAACUGGGUCAUGUGCGGUCAAAAACUAGGUCAGUAGGUCUAAAAAUAGAAAAACCUUGUGACCUCUCUAGAGGCCAUAUAUUUCACAAGAUCUUCAUGAAAAUUGGUCAGAAUGUUCACCUUAUGGUAUCUAGGUCAAGUUCGAAACUGGGUCACGUGGGGUCAAAAACUAGGUCAGUAAAUCUAAAAAUAGAAAAACAUUGUGACCUCUGUAGAGGCCAUAUUUUUCAAGAGAUCUUCAUGAAUAUUGGUCAGAAUGUUCACCUUGAUGAUAUCUAGGUCAAGUUCGAUACUGGGUCACGUGGGGUCAAAAACUAGGUCAGUAGGUCUAAAAAUAGAAAAACCUUGUGACCUCUCUAGAGGCCAUAUUUCUCAAUGGAUCUUCAUGAAAAUUGAUGAGAAUGUUCAGCUUGAUGAUAUCUAGGUCAGGUUCGUAACUGGGUCAUGUGCGAUCAAAAACUAGGUCAGUAGGUCGAAAAAUAGAAAAACGUUGUGACCUCUCUAGAGGCCAUAUUUUUCACGAGAUCUUCAUGAAAAUUGGUGAGAAUGUUCACCUUGAUGAUAUCUAGGUCAAGUUUAAAAGUGGGUCACGUACCUUCAAAAACUAGGUCAUUAGGUCAAAUAAUAGAAAAGCCUUGUGACCUCUCUAGAGGCCAUAUUUUUCAAUGGAUCUUCAUGAAAAUUGGUCAGAAUUUUUUAUCUUGAUGAUAUCUAGGUCACAUGUGCUCAAAAACUAGGUCACUAUGUCAAAUAAUAGAAAUAACGACGUCAUACUCAGUUCAACACUGGGUCAUGUGGGGAUAGGUGAGCGAUUCAGGACCAUCAUGGUCCUCUUGUUUAAAAUACAGCCUUGAAAUAUUGAUGACUUACACAGUUUUGCACACAAAUUGUAAAACUGAAUUUCAUUGACCAUGAAUGUGACCUACUGACUUUCUUAAUAUUUUAUCAUCAGUUUGACAUUUGAAACAUGUAGCUCAUAUUACUCAGGUGAGCGAUUCAGGGUCAUCAUGACCCUCUUGUACAUCAGUAAAGGAAUGAGUUACUGUGAAAUCAUUUGAUUUCAUGGGCAUGAAAUUUCGUGUUUUUGAUCAAAGUGAGUAUUUGGUAGGGAUAGGAAUUUGCAGAUAUCCAGUUCUAACCUUUGAGGAUAAAAUGAAAGUUUAUUUUAUUUAUGUUUGAAUAUAAUGUCAUUGAUAAAUGCAACAACAAAACCCAUGAAAUUUAGUCUCCCACAAAUAUUGAUGAUUUUGCAGUAACCCGGCCAAAACUAUUAGUGUUGUUAUCUGCUAUUUUUUUGUCUGUGCAUAUUGUGCUGUAUGUUUAGUUUAAAUCUCAUGCUUACGAUCCGUCCAUUCCUGUAUUCUAUUUUUUACAUUUAGUUUAUUUCUACAUCUUUGAUUUGAAUGUACUGUUUUUGUUAGCAGUAUUUUAUUGUAUAUUUAAAUUACUGAAAAAUAAAAAAUAAAGAAUU